AUUAUGAUAAUUAGAUCAAAAUUGAUUUGUUUGAUCAAAAGAUUUGGUUUGAUGAGGUAUCGAUUCAGUUAAAACACGUCGUGUCCUAAGACUACUGGUACUAGGUAGGUUGUACUUCUCUUCAUCUGGAGAAACAAAUGGCUAGGUCUGCGAAAGGGCAUCAGGAUGAAUUCGACGAAGAUGAUGAAGAAGAACUCUUAACUGGAAACAUCUCUUCCAAAGUGAAGGUGGAUGAACCCAGCACGGGGAAGAGGGUGAACCCUCAUCGUUCAAAGCAUUCAGAAACUGAGCAACGUAGAAGGAGCAAGAUUAACGAAAGGUUUCAAGUUCUGAGAGAUCUCAUACCUCAAAAUGAUCAAAAAAGAGACAAGGCAUCCUUCUUGUUGGAGGUCAUUGAGUAUAUUCAGUUCCUACAGGAAAAAAUACAAAUUUAUGAACAGACUUAUGAAGGAUGGAAUCAGGAGCCCACGAAAUUAACUCCAUGGAGAAAUCAUCAUGGGCCUGCAGAAAAUACUACAGAUCCUUCUCAAGCUUCACAAAAUGGGUCUGUUGAUGAGAAAAAUAACAAUGUCUCUCCAUUGUUGCCCAAAAAUGUACAGAACCUGAUAGAAUCUGACUUCUCAAUGACAACUAUUCAGAAGGACCACACCCCUGGUUCAACUACAGAAGCAGUUCCGCUUCCCAUGCAAAUGCGAUUGGACAUGUUUGAUCCAAUUGUUAGCAGUGGUAUGGCAACCCAACAUCUGCAGGAACCUGUAUCUAAUGUUAACAUGCCUUCCCAUACCCAGCCUCAAUUGUGGCUUAAUAAACAAAGCAAGGGCAACUAUAUUGUUCCACAUAAUGAUACAAUGAAGGAACAGGAGGAGCUGGUGAUUGAAAGUGGAUCAGAUAGCAUCUCAAGUGCCUAUUCUCAGGGAAUUUUAGAUUCUCUCACGCAAGCAUUGCACUCUUCGGGCGUAGAUAUGUCCCAGACUAAUGUCUCAGUGCAAAUUGAUGUGGGGAGACGAGCAAAUUCUGGGUUGAUCCCCUCUGCAUAUACUUCAAAGGGCCAUGAAAACCAAUUUGUGAGCAACCCAGCAAUAGCACGUUCCGGGGUUGAUUACUGCAAUAUUGAUUCUGAACAAAGUUCAAAGCGGCUCAGACAAGAAGCAAGCUAGAGAUUCCUCUCGUGUUCAUUUUGUCAGGAGUUUCUUCUUUCUUUCUUUUUUUGUCUUCGGAUGAGAGUAAGAGCCUAAGAGGGAUUGGGUGGACCGGUUCAUUUUUGCCAUGCUGGUUAGAGCCAGAUAAAAUGUAAAUUUCACGAUUCUGGUUUUGGGACUAAGACAUUCUGAAAUAAAAUGUUACAUAUGCUUAUGCCUGCUUCUACUUCAAUCUUCCA